UGUGCCUAACAACCCACAGCCAUCAAGCUAACAAACCCCGCCAGCCCGACGACGACCUCGAAGACAAGCUCCAAGACAAGAUCACCUCCCUCACCACAGAACUCGAGAAGCUCAACCCCAACAUGCGCGCCAUGGAGCGGCUAGAAUCCGUCAAGUCGCGACUCGAGUCAACCGAGCAGGACUUCGAGGACUCGCGGGCGGCGCUGCGGUCGGCGCGGGACGCGUUCACGCAGGUCAAGGAGAAGCGGUUCGACCUGUUCAACCGGGCGUUCGCGCACAUCCAAGAACAGAUCACGCACGUGUACAAGGACCUGACGCGGUCGGACGCGUACCCGCUCGGCGGGCAGGCGUACCUGGACAUCGAGGAGGACACGGACACGCCGUACCUGUCGGGGAUCAAGUACCACGCGAUGCCGCCGCUCAAGCGGUUCCGCGACAUGGAGCACCUCAGCGGCGGCGAGAAGACCAUGGCGGCGCUGGCCCUGCUGUUCGCCAUCCACAGCUACCAGCCCAGCCCCUUCUUCGUGCUGGACGAGGUCGACGCGGCGCUGGAUAAUGCCAAUGUGGAGAAGAUCAAGAAGUACAUCCGCGAGCACGCCGGCCCGGGCAUGCAGUUCAUCGUCAUCAGCCUCAAGCCGACCCUGUUCCAGGACAGCGAGAGCUUGGUGGGCGUGUAUCGCGAUCAGGAGGUCAACAGUUCGAGGGCGUUGACGUUGGAUGUAAGUUUGCCGUCCCUUCUCUUGGCUAUGCCGGUCCCGUAUGUUGUGGGUUUGCUGACUAACCGGUGUGAUAUAGCUGCGAAACUAUGUAUGAUAGAAACGCGGUGGUGGGCGGUGAACGGUGUUGUGCGAGAGAAGGGUUUUGGGACUAGGCGAGGGGAGGGGGAUUUGCAGAGCAGUUGUUUCUUUGCGGACGGGGUUCGACACGGCGAAUAUGGACUGGUUACGGUUUAUUAGGCUCUAUUUAUUAUUCUAUCCCAACGAGCAAUUUUUGCCUUCCUUUAACGCCAGAAGUGUGAGUGUGUGGUUUCCGUGUAUGAUAAGACCAGCCUUCACGUAUGAACAAAUCUCUCGCCUAAAGCCAUUCCGCUUUGCAUGCAUGAUGGGCCCUGGUGGCAUUCUGCCAUAGUUACUUCACCGUUCCCUCUCGUCUCCGGGUAUUUCCAUCCCCUCAGAUAUCCUCCUCCA